GUGCAUUGCUGUUUGAUAUCUCGAGUGUUUAGUUCAUAUCAAUUACAAUGAUCGUCCUGUCAUUUUUGCUCUGUAUAAUUGUUUAUAGUAUUUUCAGUGUUCAAACCAGCCAAGCAGACAAUACUACUGAUGCCUCUGUUCUUUGUCCUGAUGCAAGCUGGGACUGGAUCUUGCACAAUGGGUUUUGCUUCUAUUUGGAAACAAAUGUUUAUACUUGGCAUGAUGCUGAACGUAUCUGUUCAGAACAUGGUAGUCAUUUGGCAUCCAUUCAUUCUAUGGAAGAGCAAAGGUUCAUAUUUCAUUUGAUAAAAAACACAACAAACUUACCGGACAUCUGGAUAGGACUAAACGCUUUGGGAUACGAUGAGGGAUUUGAAUGGAGCGACUCUACGCCUGUUGCAUUUUUACAUUGGGCUGGAGGAGAGCCCAACAACUGGAAUGGACAGGAAAAAUGUGCUAAUGUGUUUGCGUUAGAAUAUUUCCCAGGGAUGUGGAAUGACAAGAACUGCAACUCGAAGACAGGGUUUGUUUGCAAAAAAAGUUAUGGAACAGUUACAACACCUGUACAACAAACUACUACAAUAUCCACGUUAGGUUUCUGUCCAAGUGGUUGGUACACUUCAGGCAACAAAUGCUUUUUCUUUGGAGGAGACAAUGUAGCGGAUCGCUUGACCUGGUUUAAGGCACAAACACAGUGCAAAACAUUAGAAGCAGAGCUGGUUUCUAUUCACAGUCAAGAUGAGCAAGAUCUAUUUGCCAUGUUACUUUCCGAACACAAAUCGAGCGCAUGGUUAGGAUUGCAAGAUUUCACGGACGAAAGCCAAUUCUAUUGGACAGACAACUCGCCCACAGAUUUUACAGCCUGGGCACCUGGUCAGCCUAAGCCAUCAAAAAUGAUCAACUGUGUGGAAAUGAUGCAUCAUAACACAUUAAUGGGGAAAUGGCGGAACGUUAACUGCGAGGAGAAGCUUUCUUAUUUUUGUCAAAAAUACAAAGAUAAAACUAUAGACUCGCCUGCUCCAGAAGAGGGUUUGUGCUCUAAUAUUGGCUGGUACCACUUCGAUACAAGCUGUUACAAACUUUUUGUUCACCCAAAGAAAGUUGCUUCUUGGUAUGACGCAGAAAAAACAUGCCAAGAAAACGGAGGCCAUCUGGUGUCAAUUACUCACAUAGGAAUUCAUCUUUUUCUCCGAACAUUGCAUCUUUCACUUGAAAUGCCGGUAUGGAUUGGAAUGAAAAAAGAUGAAGAUACAGGCAGAUUUCUCUGGGUUUCAAAGUGGCCCAUGCUUUACACAAACUGGGGUGCAAACGAACCCCGCAAAUUACCCAAUCACAUAGACACUUGUGUUAUGAAAUUAAAAGAUGGAACUUGGAAAGUAGCAAGUUGCCGACAAAGGAGAGGUUUUAUCUGUGAAGUAAAUUCCCAGAAACCACCAGAACUUCUCAACUUAGCCAAGGGAAAAUGCCCACGUCAUCUCUCUCAUUGGAAAGAUCUUGGUGGAGAAUACUGUUAUUUUGUUGAGACAAAUAAAGUAUCAUGGCCUGAUGCAAAUCUAGCAUGCUUUCAACAAGGUGGUAGUUUGGUAAGCAUUCACUCAAAAGCAGAACUUAUAAUGAUCUCACUGAGUUUUAGAAGGGAGUUUCAAAAUCUACAUAGUUUAUGGAGUGGACUCGUAAGGAAACAUGAUGGGGGAUUUAUAUGGAGCGACAGCAGACCAGUGAAUUUCGUCUUUUGGGCUGAUAAUGAACCAGAUAACUUGAAAGAACAGUGUGUUCAAAUUGCAGAAAACCUUACGUGGUACGACAAAGACUGUUCAUUAUUGGCCGGAUACAUCUGUAUGAGUAAAAAAGUUUUAUUUGACUUUCCAGAGGCUGUCAAGGAUGAAAUCUCAAUGGUAGACACAACUAAAAAAGAUCAAUGUUCCAAACUGCAAGCUGGUGAGAUCUGUGGAAUUUUUAUAACCUGUGUUUUGUUGACAAGCCUAUUUAUAGGAAUUGGCUACAUUAUCUGGAAACGUUGGAAAACACCAAAAGAUUUCUUGUUAUUUUCACGAGCUGCCAAGGAGCCCCUCAGUUUUGAUAACGAAGUGUAUAAUGAAGAAACUAAUUUUGAUAGAAGUGGUCUAUAGUAAAUUUUGUGAUUUGAUUUUUCAUAUUAAAACGAAUAUUCUUAUUUUCUUGGAAAACCACAUUAUGAACAUGCAAAGAAAACAUACCUUUUGUGGUAAGACAGAGGAGCCAAUAAAUAAAUGUAUAAAAGGUUCUAUAGAUUUCAGAAGCCACAGAUAUUACCAUUAGGAUAUAAAUCUUUAGUAUAGAGCAAAAUAAUUUGCUUAUAUCCUCUGUGCUGGCGUAUGUUUUUAAAAUAUUGGUAUAUUUUUAGUAAUUAAGCAAUUGCAUAUAAUUCGAAUUUACAUUUCACUGAAAAAAUUGUAAAAAAUAAACUGAAGGUGUAGAAAAUUAAGAUAAAAUUAGUUUUUAUCUAGCAAAUAAAACAUAUGUCACUGUUGGGAAAUCGAGAAACAAUAUCUCACUGUUGCACCUGUGUCCUAAAUAUAACACAUGAAGAGAAAUUUAAACUUUAAACUUUACAUUUGCUUAUAUAUUUUUGCUGAUUACGCAAUGAAGGUGAAUCUGAAAACAUAUGCUGAUGAACUUCAAAAACGUUAAUAUAUAUUAUUUUACGUUUCUCUGAAAUAGGAAUUUUCAAAGAUUGUAUUUCAAAUUUAUUUAAACCUUUCGACCGAUCAUACUUUUUCCAGACAACCCACUAAGUCUAGAAAUCAAAUAAUAACCAUUUCUGUAUGUAGCAGAGCCUAGCUCUAUUAAUUUGAAGUAUUAAAGGAUUAGGCAUGUUGCACGUAGUUUGUUGAAAAGAAAAAUUUGGGUAUUACUUGUAUAAUAAAUGUUUUUGUUAAACUUAUUAAAUUGUUUGUUUGAGAAGUACUCGGAUAUGAAGUUUGACAACAAAAAAUAAACCUAUGUGAAAAUUAGAUGCAUAUUUAACUCUGUGUUAUAUUUAUUUUAUUAGGGUAAACAUUUAUGGAAGAGGUAAAUUGAAAUAGAAAUAUUA